CUGGAGCGCGGCGCGAUGACGAAGGACGCCGGAGGGGAGGAGAGCGAAGGGAGGAGGAGGAGGGAAGGAAGCGCACAAUAUGGCGGCGGCGGUGGCGGCUGGGCCCGGGGAGGGCAGAGCCGGAGGCGGCGCCGCUCUCUCUCCCUAGGGGCUGCUGUAAGGGCUGCGGGGACCGAGCCAGAGCCUUCGGCCGGCCGGCCGGCGGCGAUACCUUUGAAGUCUCGACAGCGGCGGCGGCGCUCGGGAACUUUCAGUUACCUUGAUGAUGUCCCAUUUAAGAUAGGAGACAAAUUCAGAACACCACCUAAAGUUGGUCUACCUAUUGGAUUCUCCUUGCCUGAUUGUUUACAAGCUGUCAGGGAAAUACAAUAUGACUUUUCCUUGGAAAAAAAAACAAUCAAUUGGGCAGAAGACAUUAAGAAAAUCCAGGAAGCUCAAAGGGAAGCUGAGCGAAAGGCUGAAGAAACAGAAUCCAAAGUGAAUUCAAAGAGUGGCCCAGAGGGUGACAGCAAAAUGGGUUUCUCAAAGACACACUGCCCGACCACAAUGCCACCUCCCAUUAACCCCAUCCUUGCCAGCUUACAGCACAACAAUAUUCUCACCCCAACCCGUGUCAGCAGCAGUGCCAUAAAACAGAAGGUUCUCAGCCCACCUCAUACAAAGGCAGACUUCAACCCUGCUGACUUUGAAUGUGAAGAGGACCCAUUUGAUAACAUGGAAUUAAAAACUAUUGAUGAGAAAGAAGAACUGAGAAACAUUCUUGUUGGUACAACUGGACCUAUUGUGGCCCAGAUCUUAGACAAUAACUUACCCAAAGGAGGGUCUGGGUCUGUGUUGCAGGACCAGGAAGUCUUGGCAUCCCUAGAAAGGGCUGCACUGGAUUUCAAGCCCCUUCACAAACCCAAUGGCUUUAUCACUUUACCACAGUUAGGUACUUGUGAAAAGAUGUCACUGUCUUCCAAAGUGUCCCUCCCUCCUAUCACUGCUGUGAGCAAUAUCAAGUCUCUUUCCUUCCCCAAACUUGACUCAGAUGACAGUGAGCAGAAGACAGCAAAACUUGCAAGCACUUUUCACAGCACCACCUGCCUCCGUAGUGGCACUUUCUUGAAUUCCUUAAAGCCCUGCUCCCAGAACAAUGCUAGUGAACUCAAUGGAUACCUUGGGGUGGGACUUUCAGCUUUAAAUUUGGACAGUGGCAAGGAAACACCAGCACUAUCCCCCCCAUCCCAGCUGCCUUCCUUGUCUGUUUUGUCAGCGUGUACAGAAGAGUCAUCACCUCCAAAUACAGUGCUGACGGUCAUGCCUCACAGUGUCAGGACAUCGCAAGUGCCCAACACCCCCAGCUGUCCCCAGGGUUCAAGUACACCAACCUAUUCGGACCUGCAAGCACUGUCCCCCAGCGAGCGGCAGUGUGUGGAGACAGUGGUCAACAUGGGCUACUCCUAUGAUUGUGUCUUGAAAGCCAUGAAGAAGAAAGGAGAAAAUAUAGAGCAGGUUCUUGACUAUUUGUUUGCACAUGGACAGCUCUGUGAAAAGGGCUUUGAUCCCAUUCUGGUAGAAGAAGCUUUGGAAAUGUACCAGUGUUCAGAGGAAAAGACAACAGAAUUUCUCCAAUUAAUGAGUAAAUUUAAGGAAAUGGGCUUUGAACUGAAAGACAUUAAGGAAGUUUUAUUAUUACACAACAACGACCAGGACAAUGCAUUGGAAGACCUCAUGGCUCGGGCAGGUGCCAGCUGAGAACAGGCCUCCAGUCCACCUCCACCCUGCCAUGGAGCAUCUCUUCCUUUGGGAGGCCCCAAGUAUUCCCAUCAGUCCUGGAGGCCCCCUCCCCCUCCAGUGGCUUCACACUCUCCUUAGGAAGAAGAGAGAAUGUUGUUUUGGGUUUGUUGGGGGUGGGAGGGGAAGAGACAGGAAGAGUACUUCUGUACCUUAUGGAGACUUACCAUCACACAUUGAUCUGUGUGAGAGUCUGAUCCCUGUGGGAAUGGGGAGGAGGAAGGUAAAGCAUGAGGAAUGUUGGGACCUUUAAGGCCUGCCCCUAUGCCACCCAUCCAAUUAAUUUUAUUUGUAUUUUGAGAAGUGCCCUUCCCAGCUUGGCCCUGGUUUUUUUCUGGGGGACUGUACAUAUAUUCAAGACCAAACUUUGUUGGUGUGUUCUCACCCUUGCCAUGAGCAGAAGAGAUACGGGGGUGUUCUGGAGUUCCCUCUGGGAGACUCAGAGAUAGUCAGUGCUGCUUUAAAUGUCAUAUGUUCGACCAAAACAUCCCUUACUGUUAGAUGGGCUGAACUGAAAUCCAUAUCUAGUGCAAUGGAAAGGGUUUUUAGGGUGUUUAUUUGAUUUUACUUUUUCUUCCUCUUCAAAAUGAACUCCAUUAUUAGAUUCUAACUUAGUGUAACACUGGUUCCUAAACUUUUAAAGGCAUGAAGAAUGCCAUUGAGUUUGGACUCUGUUCUGCCUCUUCUGCCAGGCAGCCGUUGUGCUUACCCACACUCAAGUCUUGGCUAAAUCCUGGAUCUUGUUGGAGCAGGGCAUCUAACUCCAGCCCUUGACAACCUUCCCCAGACUUUAAGUCCCCAGUUCUAGGAAACUGUUCAGUUGACACUUUAAUAUUCAGAGUGAAACAGGAAUUUCUUUGGAAGCACUUUCAAAUGGGGUUGGGGGAAUGAGCCCACAAUCUCGUUAGCCCUCCCUAACUCACAAUUUUGUUUCAGUUUUACUUUCCACAUCAUUCUUGGGGAAUAGACUCACUACUUUAGGAUGAUACAUUUGGUAACAUCUAGUAAUAGAAAUCGGUCUCUUUGGUUUGUUUUGUAUUAUGUUGUACAUUGUUAAAGCUCUAAAUUCAAAAAAAAUACAGUCUUGAUGAAUCUAAAGUAAUUUGCUAACUAUUUUGAUUCUUCAGAAACAACUACUAAUAAAAGUUUAAAAGGUU